AUGGAUUGGAGUGAAGAGUUAGGAUUUGAGGAAUUUUUCAUACGUGUUUUGAAUAGAACAGAAGAAUUUGCUGAACGCAUAGUUCGUAGUGACGACGAAGAAUACAGGUCGAGUGUUCUUUCCCACGUUGAUUUGCUUGAAAGAACGGCAAUACUACCUGUCCAAAUAUCACAAGUGGUUUCAAAUGAAGCUGACUUGCAGGUACUUGAAGGCUUACGAGCAGUUUUUGUUCAGCUGCUUGAUUCAUUUCUGAGACAUUUCGGAAACAGUUCAUCUCGCAUAACACGUAUUUCAUUCAUACCGCAUCAAAUAAUACCGUCAGAAGGAGCAGGCAGACCUAGUGUUAAUAUACCAUUUGAAUUAUUGGAAGACUUACGAGGUGUUGGUUUCGCCUGGGAACAAAUUGCAAAAAUGUUUCGUGUCUCCCGUUGGACAGUAAUGCGCAGAGUACAAUCAUAUGGAUUGCAAGGCUUAUCACGUUUUUCAAGUAUUACCGACGAACAAAUAGAUGGUAUCAUCCAUGCAUAUAUAGGCAAUCACGGCAGCACAACUGGAGAGUCAUAUAUGCGUGGCCAUUUUCGCGCCCUUGGUUACUAUGUCCCUAGAAGAAGGGUAAGAGCUGGCAUUAAUAGAGUGGAUCCAAGAAAUACCGCGCUGAGGUGGGGUGCGCUAGUGUCAAGGAGAGUUUAUUCUGUCCCAUGGCCAAACUCACUUUGGCAUCUUGAUGGUCAUCAUUCCCUUAUUCGCUGGGGAUUAGUAAUACAUGGCUGUAUUGAUGGAUACUCAAGAAGAAUAAUCUAUCUUGUGUGUAGCAGUAACAAUCUUGCUGAAACUGUUCUUCAUCUGUUCGAAACCGCAAUCGAACGGGACGAUGGUUUGUGGCCAUGGCAAGAAUCAGAGUAG